AAAGGCCGUCUCACAUGCAAUGAACCCGUGCCUGCCGGCCCCGGUCGGAUUUUCUCCCAAAAAUAGUGUAAACCGGUGUCGUUUAAGUCAGUUUUUUAUUUUCUUGCUAUUUUUUUUAUAUAAAAAGGAGUCUCUGCAUUUUCACUGGUGAGUCUUAACGCAAGUCAGUGAAUUCGCCGAUCACGUUGCUUUCUCUCUCUGACUUUAAUUUCUAUGAUGUCGGGGAAUGCUUUAAGAGAUCUCAAUACUUUACCUACGUCUGAGUGGAAGAAUGACAGCUCUAGUAAAGGGAAUUUUAUGAAGCCUUGCAAUGGGAACACAAUUGAAAAUGUUGAAGAGCAGCAAAAGAAAAGCCCUGCCUCUGUUCAUAUAAAUGGAGGUGAAACUGUAAAUGCUGAAGCAGAGGUAGCUAAUUCUGAAGUAGAAUACAUUGAAUCUGAGAACUUGAGUGAUCUAGAAGAUGUUGAUACAUGUCUUGAGAAGCUCUUACCUGGACUCAACUCUAAAGAUUGGGUUCUGGUUGUUGAAGCACUCAAUAGUGUUCGCCGAUUAUCAAUAUUUCAUAAGGAAGUAAUGCAUACGAUGCUGGGUGAUGUGAUCCCUCUUGUUGUUAAGUCCUUGAAGAAUCCAAGAAGUGCUGUUUGUAAAACUGCAAUUAUGACAUCUGCAGACAUUUUCAGUGCAUAUAAUGAUGAUUUGAUUGAUUCUUUGGAUCCCCUGCUUGUACAGCUUCUUCUUAAGUCUUCUCAAGAUAAAAGAUUUGUAUGUGAGGCAGCUGAGAGAGCUUUGGAGGCAAUGACUACUUCAGUUUCCCCUAUGUCAUUGUUGCCCAAGUUGCAACCCUAUCUUAAGAACAGAAAUCCUCGAAUUCGAGCUAAGGCAUCUAUGUGCUUUUGUCGUAGUGUUCCACGACUGGGUGUUGAAGGAAUAAAAGAAUAUGGAAUCGACAAAUUGAUCCAAGUAGCUGCAUCCCAGCUCAGUGACCAGCUCCCAGAGUCCCGGGAGGCUGCUCGAACCCUUCUUUUGGAGCUGCAAACUGUAUAUUUGAAAUCCCAUGACCUUACAACAACGGUAUCUGAGCAUCCAGAGAUGGGCUCUUGGGAGAAUUUUUGUCAGUCAAAACUGUCUCCUUUAAGUGCACAAGCGGUGCUUCGUGUCACAAACAUUGCUCGGGAAGGUCUUGUCAUUGGUUCCUGACAGUUUCAAUGAAAAAGCCAUGUUUAUUGGCCUCUUGUCAAUUUCUCAUCUACUUGGCUCUGGCUUGUGGGCAUGCCAUAGCUGGAAGAUUGGGGAAUAGGAUUUUUAUAUUGUAAGGCAUUAAUCAAAGCAACAGAUCAUCCCUUUUAUAUAACUUGGAUGUGAAACCAAACGUGUUUUCUUCUCUCUCAUUGUAGAUUCCAUGUCAUAAUAUCCGAUCAGAUUUUGCAUUUUUUGUUCUUUUGUACUUGAACAUUCCCUUCAAUCCUGGAGACAAAACAACCUAUAUACUAAAUUUUCUGGCCUA